CCCGCGGAGUGACUCCUCUUCUCACCACUAAAAGCUCCAGGUCCGGGUUAGGCCACGCCCCCCGCCUCACCUGUUGAGCCGUGUAAAAAAACUUCCGUUCUCACCUGAACAAACGCUGGAGUCAAGAUGAGUCUGCCGGACUACAAAUCACCUGGAAAACCGUCUUCAGCCGCUCACCCGCAGUCUCCAGUCGUGCAGUUAAAUGUCGGCGGUCACCUGUUCAGCACCUCUCUGAGCACGCUCAGGAAACACCCCGACUCCAAGCUGGCUGAGAUGUUCAGCGGACAGCCCAAACUUCACCAGCACUUCAUCGACCGCGAUGGUUCACACUUUGGAGCCAUCCUCGACUUCCUGAGGUCAGACUGGCUGCCCACAGAGAACAUCCAGGAGGUUUACAGGGAGGCCGUGUACUACAACAUCAAACCACUCAUCAAACGUUUGGAGGAAACUCCUCAGAUGUUUGGAGAGCUGGUGGGAAGGCAGCAGUUCCUCUCCAGAGUCCCACACUACAAAGAAAACAUCGAGGUGCUGAUUCGUAUCGCCCGGGCCGAGGCCAUCGCCGCCCGCUGCUCCACCAUCAUGAUCUGCGUGCUGCGGACAGAGGAGGAUUUGGGUUUCUAUGACAACGCCAUCAGUAGCCUGGAGGCGGAUAAAGAGUCCGUGGUGACGUUCGGACCCUGGAAGGCCGUCCCGUCCGUUAAAGACCUGCUGGACUGUGUGAAGACGGACAUCGAGAGUCAGGGCUACACGGUGAGCAUCCAGCCUCACGUCACGGAGAAGAGCUUCCUGUCCAGGAGCUACGACUACUUCUACAAACUGACGUUCACCUGGUGGUGAUGAGACGGACAGACAGCUGUACAGACUGUUUCUACUAAUAACUCAGUUUUUCUUUUAAUAUUUGACACAAGAGGUCAGCAGAGCAUCUGAAUAUCUGUGUAUAUAUGACGCAGUUCAAAGGUACAGUGAUGGGUCCACGUCACGUAUUUAUGUGUUCUUACUUUGUCUUCCAAUUAGUUUAGGUGUCAGUGAACAACAAGCACACCUGAACAAUAUGAUGCAACAUAAAUCAACACUUUUACUUUUGAGUUUUUUCCUGUUAGAUUUGCUGACGUUGACCAGACGUUUGUAUAACGUUCGACAUGAAAUCUUUCACACUUCUGUAUUGUUUAUCGAGGGGAAUUCAGUCACUUAAGAAAACACUGCGUCAUACACACAACACUGGGAAAUCCACAACCCAGAUUCAAAGAAAAAAGGUCAUAAAAUGAGCGAGCAUGGCAGCAGAAAGUGGAGCAACGUCCUCAGAGUUCACCACAUACAGGGCAGGCUACCUGAACGCUGUACCCUCGAGUCACAGAACUUCCUGUGAGACCGAGGUGUGAAAUAAACAGAACCAAAGUCUGAUUUGACAACAUGUGCAGCUCUCUCUUAAAAACUGAACUAGUUCAUAUUCAUUUCUUUUUUUUCUUAAUGAGCUGCUUCAUAAAGUUUGAUUUGUUGGAGGAGCUCUGUAGAUGUUGGCUCGUGGUCUUGUGGUUAAACUCCGACCUGUCCUCUCUGUAGCCACAUUGGUGUCAGGGUUCCUCUCAGUACAGACUGUCCCACAGACUUUUUGAACUGUUUCUCAGCCACUUUCAUCAGUGUGGAUGCCGAAUCAGCGUCCAUGUUCUUUAAAUCUUUAUUAUUCUUCCACCUCGUUCUUUUGGCACCUAACUACUCCUACGUACUUUGUCCUACAGAAACCAUUCACCACAACGUUCAGCUCAUUUAGGACAUGAUGGUUAUUAUUUUACUCAUUCAUACUUUUUAAAAUUUUACAUGACCAAACCUUCAACACUUUCAACUUUCACUAUUCCCACAUACUUUUAGCUAUAGACGUCAUUCAGACUUUAAACUGUACACAAGACUUUGUACUGUUAAACUUGUAUUCGACUUUUUAAAAUCUUUUGGUUUUUGAAUUAUUACAGUUUAACUUUGAAGCUUUUGCAUCAGGCAUUUCAGCAGAAAGCGUCCACACAUCCAGUUUUCUGAUUUCUUUGACUCUCCUGCAGUUGGUCUCUAAAAUCUCUUUUUACCGAGACUCAUCUUGAGUACUAAAAUCUCAGUAACUACCAUUCAUGUUCAUGAAAAAUUAAAGGCAUUCCUACCAUCCU